AUGCCGGAUAAAGGAUUUCAGGGCCAUAAGAAGACAUCAAAAGCCACAUAUACCCCGUUCAGCUUUUUCUUCCCAGUCGUAGUUUUGAUCCUGGCUCUGUUUCUUACCAAAGCCUGGCCGCGACUCUCACUGCUGUCGCAACACUUCUCAAUUCAGUCACGAACGGCCGUCCCCAAGAUGGCUUCGUACACCAAGGAGCUCGAGGUGGCCCAGCUGGCCGUCCAGAGAGCCGCCAUCCUGACCAAGCGUGUAUUUCACGAGAAGGCUAAGGGUACUGUGUCGAAGGAUGACAAGUCUCCUGUGACUAUUGGCGACUUUGGCGCCCAGGCGCUUAUUAUCAGCGCCUUGAAGGCAAACUUCCCGCAAGACGAGAUUGUCGCAGAGGAAGAAGCCGACACUCUUAGGACAGAUGAGAAAUUGAAGGAGUCUAUCUGGGAGCUGGUCAAGAGCACUAAGCUUGACGAUGCGAAUGCUGAAGGUAUCAUCGGAGGCGCCAUCAAGGACGUCGAAUCAAUGCUGGAUCUCAUUGACGAAGGCAAGAGCAAGGGCGGUGCGUCCGGUAGGAUAUGGGCCAUCGAUCCUAUCGACGGCACCAAGGGCUUCCUCCGUGGUGGCCAGUAUGCUGUCUGUCUGGCGCUCAUGGUGGACGGAGAUGUCAAGGUCGGAGUGCUCGGGUGCCCCAAUCUACCUGUCGAUGAUGCUGCGCCGCUGACGGUCGAUAUCGGCUCCAAUGCGACAGAUGAGGGCAGAGGUGUCCUCUUCUCAGGCGUGCUCGGCCAUGGCGCCUCGAGCAGGCCGCUCACUACUGGAUCACUGGCAGAGUCCAAGUCAAUUUCAAUGAAGCCCAUCUCAGAAAUGUCAAGUGCAACAUUCUGUGAGAGCGUCGAGGCAGGUCACUCCUCCCAGGGCGAUGCAGCACAGAUUGCGCAGAAGCUCGGUAUUACCAAACCCAGUGUGAGAAUGGAUUCACAAGCGAAGUACGGGUCAAUUGCUCGUGGCGCUGGUGAUAUCUACCUCCGACUACCAACCUCGAAGUCAUACGUGGAGAAGAUCUGGGAUCACGCUGCGGGAGAUGUCAUUGUAAGGGAGGCAGGCGGGCAGGUCACCGAUGUCAGCGGCAAUCGCUUGGAUUUCAGCAUUGGUAGGACGCUGGCCAAGAACAAGGGUGUCAUUGCUGCUCCUGCAUCUGUCCAUGACCAGGUUAUUAAGGCAGUACAAGAGGUGAUUAGCCAGAAAUAG